AUGGCAAGUACCAGCCACAGCACAUAUGUCCUUCAGCAGCUAAACAACCAAAGAGAGUGGGGUUUUCUCUGUGAUUGCUGCAUUGCUAUCGAUGAUAUUUAUUUUCAAGCACACAAAGCGGUCCUAGCUGCCUGCAGCUCUUAUUUUAGGAUGUUUUUUAUGAACCACCAACACACCACAGCCCAGCUGAAUCUCAGCAACAUGAAGAUCAGUGCUGAAUGCUUUGAUCUCAUAUUACAGUUUAUGUAUUUAGGGAAAAUUAUGACUGCCCCUACCAACUUUGAGCAAUUUAAAGUGGCGAUGAACUAUCUACAGUUAUAUAAUGUGCCUGAAUGUUUAGAAGAUAUACAAGAUACAGACUCCUCUAAUUUAAAGUGUUCAUCUUCUGCUUCUAGUACACAGAACAGUAAAAUGAUAUUUGGUGUGAGAAUGUAUGAAGAUACACUUACUAGAAAUGGCAGUGAAGUAAACAGGUGGUGUACGGAGCCACCAAGUUCAACUGUAAACACAUCCCAUAACAAAGAGCCAGAUGAAGAAGCUUUGCAGCUGGGCAGUUUCCCUGAACAACUGUUCGAUGUUUGCAAAAAAAGCACCAUGUCCAAAUUCUCUAACACAAAAGAUCGUGUGUCCCAUUCACGCCGCUUUGGAAGAAGCUUUACCUGUGACAGCUGUGGGUUUAGUUUUAGCUGUGAAAAGUUACUGGAUGAGCAUGUGUUAACAUGCACUAAUAGGCAUUCAUACCAAAAUGCCAGGUUUUAUGGUAUUGAAAAAAUUGACUUUAGUGAAAAAGACUCUACUUCUAAAAUACUGUCUGCACAAACAGAGAACUAUAAAGGGGAUACCAGUCAAGCAGCUGAUGACUCUUCAUCUCCAGUGUCAAACAUAACAAGCAGAAAAAGUAGUAUAGUUGCAUCUGAGACAUCAGGUGAAGAAGGAAGUAGAGCCACUGAGAGGAAAAGGAUUAUCAUCAAGAUGGAACCAGAGGACAACCCGGAAGAUGAACUGAAAGAUUUUAACAUUAUUAAAGUGACAGAUAAAGACUGUAAUGAAUCUACUGACAAUGAUGAAUUAGAUGAUGAACAGGAAGAGCCACUUUACAGAUAUUAUGUUGCAGAAGAGAUCAAUGAAAAGAGACGUUCUCGAAAAACUCUAAAACCCCGGUUGUCUAUAGAUGAGAAUGCAAGAAAGUGUUUAAAAAACGCAAGGCAUCUUAACAGGAAAGUCCCCCCAGUGCAGGAAGAUGCGGAGAAUGCUCCCUGUGAACUGUGUGGGCUAACAAUUACAGAGGAAGAUCUAUCCGCUCAUUAUUUAUCUAAACACAUAGAAAAUAUAUGUGCUUGUGGCAAAUGUGGCCAAAUAUUGGUCAAGGGUAGACAGUUACAGGAUCAUGCCCAGACAUGUGGAGAACCCCAGGAUCUGACAAUGAAUGGUAUAAGAAAUGCUGAGGAAAAAAUGGACUUAGAAGAGAAUCCCGAGGAACAGUCUGAAAUAAGGGAUAUGAUGUUUGCAGAGAUAUUGGAGGACUUCAGGGACAGUCACUUCCAAAUGAACAGUCUUCCAAACAAACAGUUAUAUAAGCAUUCUGCCUGUCCUUUCCGAUGUCCUAAUUGCGGUCAGCGUUUUGAAACUGAAACUCUAGUUGUUGAGCAUAUGUCAAACUGCCUAGAGCAAGAUCUGUUUAAGAAUGCUAUUAUGGAAGAGAAUGAAAGAGAUCACAGACGCAAGCAUUUCUGCAAUCUUUGUGGGAAAGGAUUUUAUCAGCGUUGUCACUUACGGGAACAUUACACUGUUCAUACCAAGGAAAAACAAUUUGUUUGUCAGACAUGUGGGAAGCAGUUUUUAAGAGAACGUCAGCUGCGGCUCCACAAUGAUAUGCACAAAGGCAUGGCCAGGUAUGUCUGUUCCAUUUGUGAUCAAGGAAACUUCAGAAAACAUGACCAUGUUCGGCAUAUGAUAUCUCAUUUAUCAGCUGGAGAGACUAUAUGCCAGGUCUGUUUUCAGAUAUUCCCAAAUAACGAACAACUGGAGCAGCACAUGGAUGUUCAUCUGUAUACAUGUGGAGUAUGUGGAGCAAAAUUUAAUUUGAGAAAAGAUAUGAGAUCUCACUAUAAUGCCAAGCAUUUGAAAAGAACAUAAGCAUAAACAUACUGUAAAACAAGCAUUAAGUUGACAGCAGUGGGAACACCAAAGCAAGGCAUACAAUAUAGCAGACAAAAAUUGAAUGAUUGUUGAAAACAAGUCUUUUGUUUAAAGACCCUUUUAAUCAUAGGUGUCUUUGUUGUAGGAUCAUUAAGUAUAUAUCUUUUAAAAGCAUCAAGUGUUUAAUUAUUCCAUUUUGACUGUUGCCUACUAGCAAUUUCUGUUUUUAAUUUUAUUGUUUUACUAAGUAGAUAUGAUACAAGUCAUUAUUUUUAAACUGUAGAGUAAAAGCACAAAUGUUACCCCUUAACUGACUUCUAUUAAACAGUUCUUAGUU